CAAACAGAGGCGCUUACCUUUGGACAGUCAGUGAAAGAUUUCGGCUUCAAAUGCGAAUUUAUUCUUCAGUCUCUAAAGCGUUGUUCUCGCAAUAAAAUGCGGGGAGGGGAAAAAAAAGAAAAUGAACAUAGGAAAGCAAGAAGGGACACAUUUCCCAUCAUGCAUUUGGCACUAACAUGUUACAAACAUGCUGCAAGAUGAUAAACAAUUACAAGCAGGCAAUAUGGCGGCUCGCAGGAGGCUCAAACGCGUGGCUUCCUCUCAGCCCGGAUUUCUUACUUUAAAGUCCUCGUUACACCCGACAGACUUGGCCGGUAACCGGAGGAAACGCGUGAACAAGAACAAAAAGAAGAACUGGAACAAAUACAGCGACAUUAAUGACGUAGAGGAGUUUUUAGAGGACGUCAGGCACCAGGAGAGGACCACGGGGGGUCUGCUGUCUGAGAAAACAGAUGACAACUUGUUCUACGUGGAUCUUGGGCAGCCAGAGAAACCGGAACAGAAAGCUGAAGACGCACAGCCUGAUGAUGGGAAGAAGAGGAAAGGGAAAAGCUCACGUCCUCUGAGGAUAGACCUCAUCCUUCAACGAGAUUCUCUGGUUCCUCCUCCUAAAGACAUCCUGGCCUACCAGCAGCCAAAUGCCAAGAAACUGCGUCGGAUCGCCCAGAAGGCCGAGCAGCUGGCAGCCAAAGGUGUGGUGCCGCGGCGGCAGAAACGGCUGCUGAACAGACGGCCCGUCGACAGGACCGCCAAGAAGGCAGAGGCCAACAACAACCCAGACCGAGAGUAUUAUGACAUAUGGGAGCAACAGCCCAAGGUUACUGCUGAUCCCUGGUAUCUGCAACAGACUGGGAAGAAGCUGGUUAAGCGGCCAGAGAAGCUGAACGAGAAGCCGUCGGUGCUGCCGGCUGUGGAGGUGAUCGCUCCAGGUGGAUCCUACAACCCAGACUUCUUUUCCCACCAGGCGCUGCUCCAGGAGGCCCAUGAGGUGGAGGUCCAGAAAAAAAAGCAAGAGGACAAAUUAGAGCGACAGCUGGCUGUCAACAGAGAGGACAAAGCUACAGAGGAGACAAAUCUUCGUGAGCAAGUGGAAGGUUUGGUGGAGGAAGAGGAGAAUAACGAAGAAGAGGCGGCUCCUUCAAUGGAAGACGAUGAAGCGGCGCUGGCGGCCAUCGCAGUGACUCAGAAGAAGACGGAAAGACAGAUAAAGAAGGAGAGGGCAGAAAAAAUAAAGGAGCAGCAGCGACUGGCCAACAGACGACAGACUGAGCAGCAGCAGCAGCUCUUCCAGCUUCGCUCCAUCAAGGCCUCCAUCAAAAAGCAGGAUCAGAAGACCAAAGACAAACAGAUGCAGCGCAGAGCCAAGCAGGAGGCCCAGAAAGCUCAGCCCAGGCGUCUAGGAAAACUCAAAUUCCAGGCUCCAGAUUUGGACGUGCAGCUAAGUGACGAGCUGGCUGGCUCCCUAAGACAGCUCAAGCCAGAGGGCAGCAUCCUAAAGGAUCGCUUCAAGAGUCUGCAGAAGAGGAACCUUAUUGAACCCAGAGAAAGAGCCAAGUUCAAGAGGAGACUAAAGGUGAAAUAUGUGGAGAAGAGAGCCUUCAAGGAGAUCACAUAAUCAACCAGCAACAAAGUUCAAUAAAUGUCAAAAACAGCA